AUUAUUGCUCCAGAAGUAAUUGCAAUUGUUGUAGAAUACAAUAAGAUGCAAACUAUUUGUUUAAUAAGUGUUGUCCUUAUUGGACUUAUCUCUUGUUCCACCGCAUUGGUUCACUAUAUGAAACUAGAAAAGGGAGCAAAUGGCUGUAUUUUUGAAGGACAAGAAAUAGAAGUUGGUGGAACAGCGAAAGAUCCAAAUACGUGCGGAGUUUACGUUUGCCAGAAUAAAGAGGGCGAUUCUUUGAUACAUUAUUGUCAGAUUCCGGCUCCUUUCCAGCGUUGCAAGGAGCUGGGCGUAUCGACUGUCACGGAUUUUCCUCAAUGCUGCUGGAUGUGUGUCAAUUAUAUUACUUGCUGAGAGAAUCUUAUGCAAAAAAAAAUUAAAAUGUAUGUUUCCUAUUAAGAAUCCAUAAUAUUCCAAUUGAAUUUAUAAAAUAAAGUUGUUUUUUAUAAUUAUUA